AUGGCUUCGGCGGAUUCGUUCAUCAAGCUGCCAGAUGGACGAGUACUUGAGUAUCUCUUAGAAGGAGACGUGAGCCGCCCAGUUGUCUUACUGUCAAAUUCAUUGUUGGCCCCGAUGAGUCUAUGGGAUCCGUUCGCCGCGAAGCUAAAGCAAGAGAGAUUCAGAGUACUGAGGUACAACCAACCAGGCCACGGCGCUUCGACAUCACCGGGAGAUGAAAACGGGACUACAUUCUGCUCGCUUGCAGCCGAUGUGUCAAUACUGCUUCAGACACUCGGACUCAACGUUGUCUUUGCAUGGAUUGGGAUCUCUAUGGGCGCAGCUACCGGCGUCGUGUUUGCUGCGUCAAAUCCUGGAGUAGUCCACCAUUUGAUUGCUGCCGACACAAUCACUUCGUCUCCAGUUAUCGCCGGGGUUGAUGAUCCAUUUGGUCCAUGGGUUGAGCUGGCCAAAAGAGACAGGUCCAACGUCAUCAAAAUUUUGUCGGAGAAGACCUUGGAGCGCUGGUUCUCCGAAGAAUGGAGAACAUCGAAUCCUCAGGAGAUCUCUCGGCUGAGACAGCUCAUGAACACUACCGAUGUUGACGGGUUCAUCACCUGUUGCCGGGCCCUUCAAAGCAACACAUUCGAUUUGAAGCCAUAUCUUCUAAAGCUUGGUGCCGCUGUCGACGAAGCUCUGUUCAUUGCAGGGCAGCUCGAUGCAAAGCUACCAACGACUAUGGAUGACAUGCGAAAAAAGGCGCAGAAGAGUUUUGAGGCUGCCGGGAAGGCUAACUCGCCCAUCGAAUUGGUGGUUAUUGAGAAGGCCGGUCAUGUACCAGUCAUUGACGGGGAACGGCAAUUUAGUGAUGUUGUGCUGGGGUACUUAAGGGCCUGGAACCAGACGUAA